AUGACUGAUUUACUGAAAUUUCUAAGUAAAGCCAAUUGGAAUUCAGUGCGCUAUGAUUUUCUAAUAAUCACGAGUAUACUUUUCUCGUUAAUGGUUACAUAUUGUCAAGGUCUACAGUUGAAUUCACUUUCAACGAAAAUGCCCAGGGUUACCAGAUAUACGACAAAAUCGCCAGCGUCUUCAUCAAUGAACCAUGAUGCCACCACUUCCAUUUACCGUUUCAACGCCACCAACGGCAUUACCUGCAUCCUGAUUAGUGUUGAUGGCCUAAUCAGCAUUAAGUAUCGCAACAAGCUCAAUGAGGACGUUGAGGCCGAUUUGUAUCUGCCCGAUAAUCCAGUAUUAAGCGGCGAAUGUGUGGAAUCCAAUAUGGAACUAUUGACGUUAGAGUUCAAAGGCUUCAAGCUAUCGAUGACGUUCAAAAAGUCAUCUGGUGGCGAAGGCUGGUACAUCAAUCUAUUCGAAUUGACAUAUUCCUCCUCGAAUCCAUUAUUCGAACAUCCAGAUCGUCCAGGCUUAGAUGUUAAAUUAACCUCGCCCUCACACACGCCCAUGUAUUUCCCAACACCGGUGGGCAAAUCCUAUGUCUGCGAUAAAGAACAAACUGUGGUCAUGUACGCCCCGCUCGAUUCGGGCGAUCAGUCGGGUCACAUUGCACGACUGUACUUGCGUGACUUGCACAUGCAGAGCUUCAUGUUUAAGGACAGUGGUAAAUGGGGACCACCAUUCCACUGCAGUGCCACUGGUUCGUAUCGAGAUGAAACUGCACCACUGGCAGUGGGCACCGCAUUGGCGAUAGCUGUUUUACUCACCAUAUCGGGUUAUGGUGGCUGGAGGUAUUUCAAAAUCAAAAAGGUACAAUAUGGCACCAUGGAAUAAAUGGGUUAAUCAGA